AUGGGGACUUUAUAUAAUUUACUGUUCCUUGUGCUUUUUAGCAAAACAGAUCAAACCAUGGUCUCUAGAUUAUUGUGGACUUUGGUUUUGCUGGAUCUUCAUGCUUUUCUGGUAGAAAACACCAACGAAGAAAAAAGAAAUGGAGUCAGAAAGCAGAAGAGCAAACCGUUUGUCUCAAAUGCAGUAGAAAAAUAUCCCAAUUCAAGUGAUCAAGACGAAGACUGCAUUCUGGAAAUGGCCUUCCUCCUGGACAGUUCAGAGAGCGCUAAGAACUUCAAUCACGAGCAGCAGAAAAAGUUUGUCUUGGAGACAGUAGACAGAAUGAAAGGCCUGCAGCUGAAUUCUGGCCGCUCACUCAGCUGGAGGACUGCUUUACUUCAGUACAGCAGCACUGUCCUUAUCGAGCAAACGUUUAGGGACUGGAAGGGCCCCGAGGCUUUUAAGUCUCGCAUUGCUCCCAUUACAUACAUUGGCCAUGGGACCUAUACCACCUACGCCAUUACGAACCUCACUCAGCUCUAUAUGACUGAGGGAACUCAUGGCAGCGUGAAAGUGGCUGUCUUGCUGACUGAUGGGGCAGACCAUCCGAGAAAUCCAGAUAUUUUUUCAGCUACCGCCGAUGCUAAACAUCAAGGCAUCGUGUUCUUCACCGUGGGAAUGACCAGAGUAGCCGAGGAGGUGGCCAACGCUGCCAAACUCCGGCUAUUGGCCAGCGUUCCAGCCUCCAGGUUUGUCUUCAAUCUGCAGGAAAACGACGUGGUGGAGAGAAUCCUCAAAGAAAUGAAAGAUCUGGCAGAAGAAGGGUGUCCUCAGCCUCCUGUAUGUAACUGCGAGAAAGGAGACAAGGGCCUUCCUGGCCCUGCUGGUAAAAAAGGUCGUCCUGGGGAUGAUGGAGCAUCUGGUGCAAAAGGAGGAAAGGGGGAGCCAGGCUUAAAUGGAAUUCCAGGAAGAGAUGGGACAGAGGGGAAAUCUGGAUACAAAGGAGAAAAGGGCGAAAGAGGUGAAUGUGGAACACCAGGCAUAAAAGGAGACCGAGGUCCAGAAGGCCCAGGUGGUCCAAGAGGUCCCCGAGGACUACAGGGCCCCCAAGGAGUGCCUGGGGAUCAAGGACCUGAAGGAGUGCAAGGAUCAAAGGGUGAAAGAGGCCUCCCAGGCCCUGUUGGAUUGACUGGAGAAACAGGAGUCGGAUUACCUGGCCCAAAGGGAGACAUUGGCUUGACAGGCAGACCAGGCCCGCCUGGCCCACCUGGUAUCGGAGAACCAGGUUUACCGGGCACUCAAGGACCCCAAGGUAUUCAGGGAGAGCGCGGAACAGAAGGAGAAGGGCUUCCAGGACCAAAGGGAGACCGUGGUUUUGAAGGUCCAAAAGGACCCCGCGGCCAACCAGGCAUUGGCAUAAAGGGUGAAAAGGGUGAAAUAGGUCCCCCUGGUCUGCCUGGACCUAUUGGAUUACCUGGAAUUGGGAUUCAAGGCGAGAAAGGAGUAGAAGGCCCCAAAGGACCUCUAGGACCAAGAGGGCCACCUGGACAGGGAUUACCUGGGCCCAAGGGUGAUCAGGGUUUACCAGGAGAAACUGGAGCUCCAGGGGAAAGAGGCCUUGGAGAACCCGGUGCAAAGGGGGAGCCAGGCACUUCAGGUUUGGCAGGAUUACCUGGGCUUCCAGGAGAAGAUGGUGCACCAGGACAAAAGGGAGAACCAGGUUUACCUGGCCCACGUGGUCCAGAAGGUGCUCCUGGAAUUGGAAUUCAGGGCGAAAAGGGUGAUCAAGGUCAAAGAGGAAUACGUGGUUUAUCUGGACCAACCGGAGUCCCUGGACCUGCCGGGGCUAAAGGUGAACCUGGUUCCCCAGGACGUCUGGGAAUACCAGGCCUUCCAGGACGUGCCAUUACAGGACCCAAGGGUGACAUUGGAUUACCUGGGCCACCUGGGCCAAUUGGAGAGCAAGGGAUAGGAAUUCCUGGGGCUAAGGGUGACCGUGGACAGCCAGGACCUCCUGGUCCAUUUGGCCCCAAGGGAGAUGGCUAUCCAGGCCUACCUGGUCCUCCUGGUCUUCCUGGAGUUCCUGGAGAGGCAGGCCCAGAUGGGAUUGGAUUACCUGGACCAAAGGGUGAUCCAGGUACAAGAGGACCAUCUGGUCUCCCAGGUGCAACAGGAGAGGGCCUUCCAGGACCAAAAGGAAAUAUUGGACGACAAGGGCCUCCUGGUGCUUUAGGCCCACCUGGUGAAGGUAUACAAGGACCAAAGGGUGAACAGGGAAUUCAAGGAAUGCCAGGACCACGUGGGCCUCCUGGAGAAGGACUUCUUGGACCAAAGGGUGACCGUGGAACUGCAGGGGAAAGAGGAAGAAAAGGCGAAAAGGGCAAUAUGGGAGACCCUGGAACAGCUGGAGAACCUGGUAGAACUGGACCUAAGGGAGUACAAGGUCUAACAAGAGAAGAUAUAAUUAAAUUAAUUAAAGAAAUAUGUGGUUGUGGCAUUAAAUGCAAGGAAAUACCUAUGGAGCUAGUGUUUGUGAUUGACAGUUCUGAAAGUGUUGGCCCAGAGAAUUUUGAAAUAAUCAAAGACUUUGUUACUGCCUUAGUAGACAGAGUAACUGUAGGGAGAAAUGCUACUAGAAUUGGACUUGUUCUCUACAGCCUGGAAGUUCGGCUCGAAUUUGGGCUGAAUAGGUACACAGCCCAACAGGAUGUGAAACAAGCUAUCAGAAAGAUGCUAUACAUGGGAGAAGGCACUUACACAGGAACUGCCAUCCGCAAAGCAACACAAGAAGGCUUUUUUGGGGCUCGAACUGGUGUAAGGAAAGUUGCCAUAGUCCUAACCGAUGGGCAAGCUGAUAAGAGAGAAGCUGUUAAGCUGGAUAUCGCUGUCCGGGAAGCUCAUGCAGCCAACAUAGAAAUGUAUGCGAUUGGCAUUGUAAAUACUUCAGACCCAACACAAGUUGAGUUUUUACGUGAGCUGAAUCUAAUUGCAUCUGAUCCAGACAGAGAACAUAUGUAUCUUAUUGAUGAUUUUAAUACUCUUCCGGCUUUAGAGUCCAAACUUGUUAACCAGUUUUGUGAGGAUGAACAUGGUGCCUUAAUAUAUAACCGAGUUGGAAAUGGAGGAAGCAUCAGUGGAUCAUUGAUUCAUUCAGUAUCUUCUCACACUUCACAACAUUUAUUACACAUGAACAAUAAGAAUGGACAAGCAGUAUCUUCAAGUACAUAUGAAGCAUCAAUGAAAGACAAUUCCAUAAACACUGGCCAGUUUUCUCAACCGUUAAUUCUGGAAAAAGGAUCACACAGAAUAUUUCUUGAGAACCAUGACGUGGUAUCCAACAAAAGUGAUGUUCCAGUCUUGCCUCCAGUUAAGGGUAAAGUUACUUCGACACUGCCAUUGCCAACAUCAUCUUCACCACCACCGUCAUCCCUGCCAUCUCUAACAGCGGAAAAGACACUGCCACCAUCUCAUUCCUUGGUUUCUUCCAUGCCAUCUACCGUCAAGACAGCAAAUAUCCUGAGGCCUCCACAGUGUCAGUUAAGAUUAGAUCAAGGACCAUGCCGCGUUUAUAUAAUAAAAUGGUAUUAUGAUAAGCAAGCCGAUUCUUGUGCUCAGUUUUGGUAUGGUGGCUGCAAUGGGAAUGAUAAUCGCUUUGAUAGUGAAGAAGACUGUAAAAAGACAUGCGUACUUUUCUCUGGAGGUUGUGAUCCAUACUGUGUCAAUAGCAUGUCUUUAGGGUUUGGAUUUUUGUUUUUGUGUCUUGAAUCAGUGUUCAGCCUCUCACCUUCCAGAUCAGUGGUUAUUAAACUGGGGAAAUUAAGAGGACAAACCGAAGCACUUUAUAUCUUGAGCAAAUGCAAUAACACACGUUUUGAAUUCAUAUUUACAAAUGUGAUUCCUGGAAGCCCCAGACUUUUUUCUUCUGUUAUUUCUGUUCACAGAGCUUACGAAACAUCGAAAAUGUACCGUGAGCUGAAGUUGAGAUCCGCAUUAAUUCAGAACAAGCAAUUGAGAUUGUUACCAAAAGAACAAGUGUACAACAAAAUAAAUGGCGUUUGGAACUUAUCUAGUGACCAGCGUACUAUAAAGAUUAGAGAUUCAAAAUUUGGCUUGGCACUUGUCAUUGAAAGUUCUCAGGCGACUGGAGGAUAUGUGCUUGGAUUUAAGAUUGACCCAGUUGAAAAACUGGAGGAAACUGCAAAAGAAAUAAAUUCAUUGCAUAGAGUAUUUUCAGUCAGUCCUAUAUUUGGAGUAGACUAUGAAAUGGAAGAAAAGCCUCAACAGCUAGAAGAUUUGAAAGUAGAACAAAUAGAGGAAGAUGUGGAAAUAGAGGCAAAUGAGCCAACAGAUGCCUUUGUGGCUUAUUUUGCUGAUGGAAACAAGCAACAAGACCGUGAGCCUGUUUUUUCCGAAGAGCUAGGACUCGCCAUAGAGAAGCUAAAAGAUGGAUUCACAUUGCAAGGACUCUGGGAAGUAAUGGCUUUAGAGUCCAAACUUGUUAACCAGUUUUGUGAGGAUGAACAUGGUGUCUUAAUAUAUAACCGAGUUGGAAAUGGAGGAAGCAUCAGUGGAUCAUUGAUUCAUUCAGUAUCUUCUCACACUUCACAACAUUUAUUACACAUGAACAAUAAGAAUGGACAAGCAGUAUCUUCAAGUACAUAUGAAGCAUCAAUGAAAGACAAUUCCAUAAACACUGGCCAGUUUUCUCAACCGUUAAUUCUGGAAAAAGGAUCACACAGAAUAUUUCUUGAGAACCAUGACGUGGUAUCCAACAAAAGUGAUGUUCCACUCUUGCCUCCAGUUAAGGGUAAAGGUACUUAUUUCAUAGUUAAUUUCUUAAUGAAAUAUGUGCCACAGAGUUACUUCGACACUGCCAUUGCCAACAUCAUCUUCACCACCACCGUCAUCCUGCCAUCUCUAACAGCGGAAAAGACACUGCCACCAUCUCAUUCCUUGGUUUCUUCCAUGCCAUCUACCGUCAAGACAGCAAAUAUCCUGAGGCCUCCACAGUGUCAGUUAAGAUUAGAUCAAGGACCAUGCCGCGUUUAUAUAAUAAAAUGGUAUUAUGAUAAGCAAGCCGAUUCUUGUGCUCAGUUUUGGUAUGGUGGCUGCAAUGGGAAUGAUAAUCGCUUUGAUAGUGAAGAAGACUGUAAAAAGACAUGCGUACUUUUCUCUGGAGAUGCCUAAAGAUUGCCCAUGAAACAGAAUGGAACAGAAAAUAUUUUUUUAACCACAAGAAAAGUGGUAUAAAGCAGAACUACCAAGGCUUUACUUAUUACAGUGUACUUAAUUCAUAUGAGGAUUUUAUUUUCAAACCACUUAUUCUGGUAUACUCCUACUAAAAUCUACAAGAAAGGUUAUUUUUUUAACUUCA